AUGGAGAUAUUAUUAAAAUUUUUACCUACUAAUCCAUUACGACUGGCAGCUUGUAGAAUUCUGUCUUUCCAUGUAGCUCAUUACACUCGAUUAGCUGAAGUAGGCAAACUAGAAUCACCAAAAAUCUCAGGGAAGUAUGAUACUGGACAACUCAUACUGCACAAAGUGUUUGGAUACAGAGGGGUGAUUUUAUUUCCUUGGUUAGCUAGAGUGUAUGAUAGAGAUGCUACCAAUAAGAAAGAAACUUCAGAGUCCUCGAAUAAUGACGAUGCUUCUGGGGAUACCUUGUCGAAUGUAGGCAAAGAAGUUAAGGGCAGAACACAUACAUUUUAUCAAGUCCUUAUUGACACCAGAGAUGCUCCUUACAUACGCGCCCAGACUGAGGCGGUGACGUUUUUGGGCAACCAGGAAUCUAGUCGCAGUUUGUAUGCAAUACCCGGACUUGACUACGUGGCUCAUGACGACAUCAUCCCCUACACAUCCGUUGAACGAGUGCCCUUACAACAUGAACUUUUUGAUAAAUUUUUAAUGCACAAUCCAGAUAAAGACCCACCAUUCAUCGCUCAAGAGACAUUGCGUGCGUGGCAGAAGAAAAACCAUCCCUGGCUAGAGCUUAGUGACGUACACCGCGAGACGACGGAGGGCGUUAGAGUCACUGUUAUACCUUUUUAUAUGGGUAGUCGGGAAUCACAAAAUUCGGCUGUCUAUUGGUGGCGGUAUUGUAUCCGACUAGAGAACUUAGGUCCGCAAGCUGUACAACUACGUGAGCGACACUGGCGCAUAUUUUCGCUCAGCGGAACCCUGGAGACAGUGCGUGGACGCGGCGUGGUAGGACAAGAGCCUGUCUUAGCGCGACACUCGCCCGCUUUCCAGUACAGUAGUCACGUCAGCCUGCAGGCGCCUAGCGGACAUAUGUGGGGCACGUUUCGUAUGGAACGCGAGGAUGGUUACACGUUCGACUGUCGCAUCCCACCGUUCUCUCUGGAGAGCAAACCAGACGAGGGCGCGCCCGUAGCCCCCACGCCUGCAUCGUGA